AGUCGUUCAGACAAAAUGUCGGACGGAGCAGUGUUUCUGCUUUUGUCACGUGACCCGAACGCCUCGUUUGUCGAGGCAGACAGCGACCGGGCGUCUGAUGGCGAGGCAGAGGGAGCGUCCGGCAGAGUCAGCCCGCUGGUGGGCGUGGCCGAGUUCAUCGCGUCCUGCGCCAAACAGAUGGCGCUGCUCGAUCUGAUGGAGAAGACGGGGUACAACAUGGUGCAAGUGAACGGACAGAGGAUGUACGGAGGGCCGCCGCCAGGUUGGGAGGGUCCGCCACCGCCGCACGGCUCCGAGGUGUUUGUGGGGAAGAUUCCCAGAGACAUGUACGAAGACGAGCUGGUCCCGCUGUUCGAGAGAGCCGGCAGAUUGUACGAGUUCAGGCUGAUGAUGGAGUUCAGCGGGGAGAACCGCGGCUACGCCUUCGUCAUGUACACCAACAGAGAAGCGGCUCAGAGAGCCAUCCAGAUGUUCGACAACCACGAGAUCCGUCCAGGGAAGUUCCUCGGAGUGUGCAUGAGCCGGAACAACUGCCGCCUCUUCAUCGGCUCCAUCCCUAAAGACAAGAAGAAGGAGGAGAUCAUGGAGGAGAUGAAGACGCUGACAGACGGGGUGGUGGAUGUCAUCGUGUUUCCGAGCCCCAUGGAUAAGAGCAAAAACCGAGGCUUCGCCUUCGUCGAGUAUGAAACCCACAAAGCUGCAGCCAUGGCCAGGAGGAAGCUCAUCCCGGGAAACUUCCAGCUGUGGGGUCAGUCCAUCCAGGUGAACUGGGCCGUGCCUGAGAAAGAUGCAGACGAGGAGGUCAUGCAGCGCGUCAGAGUCCUUUAUGUGCGUAACCUGAUGCUGAGCACCACUGAAGAAACCCUCCGCCUGGAGUUCUCCCGCUUCAAACCGGGCUCCGUGGAGCGAGUCAAAAAGGUCACCAACUACGCCUUCGUCCACUACCGCUGCCGCGACGACGCCGUGACCGCGCUGAGCCUCAUGAACGGCGCGCAGAUUGACGGGGUCAGCGUGGAGGUGAUGCUGGCCAAACCGCCCGGGAUUAAAGACGGGGGUAUGGCUGGGAGGAGGUACAACUGCAGGGGGUACCUGGGAAACAACGAAGCAGGAGCAGGAGGAGGAGGAGAAGGAGGGAUGAUGGGAGACGGAUGUUCUUCACUGAGGUCGAUGUCCCACCCUGCACGCCCCGGGAGCCCGUUCUACACCGGAGCAGUUGAGGACCCGGACAGGUGUGUGGUCCCCCUGAUCCCGGGCACUCCCCUGUCCCCCACCAGCCUCCAGGCUCUGGAUCAGAGUCAGAUCGGCUCGGCCGUCAGUCUGCUCGAGCUUUACUGCCGCAAAAACUACUGGUCACCACCCGAGUACCACCUGUACUCCACACCUGGGCAGGACGGGAAGCUGUUGCUCAUCUACAAGGUGGUGAUCCCGUCAACACGAAGCAAUUUCAUGUCCGACAAGCUGUGUGCGCAGCUGGAUGACGCCAAAGAGGUGGCUGCACAGAACGCCCUGUGGACCCUGGGAGGACAUUUCACGUCUGAGAUUUAGCGGCAAGAAGACAAUCCAAGGACAAGAAGGACGACACAAGGCAGGACUGUCUUUAUUGUGAUUAUUUUCCCCGCAGUGUUUGUAGGACGUGCUGCGAGUCCUCCAUCUGUUUGUUCCAGUCAGAGAUGAGGGAGGACAAUAUUUAGUUUCCGCUUCGCUUUCUUCUCUCUAUCGCGUCUGGUUUAGAAAAGUAGUAACCAAAAAGACGUUCAGCGUUUAUGAAAACACAAGUCCAGCUGAUAAAAAGUCUUGUGUCCACCUCUGUUCAAUGUCAGUGUCAGCCCCCUCCUCUGCUCACCGUUUUCAUUUUCCUACGACCAAAGUCAAUCAAUCUUAUAUCUUUAACUUUUACACAAUUCUGCCGUGAUGUCAGAGUUUCUACAUCAAACAUGAGAAAACAGUCCAUCCUUUCCCUCUCUGUUUCUGCCCGCGUUAAUACUGUCGGUUUGAGGUUAAAAUGUUUCAGUCUGCUAGUUUAAAGAGUACAGAGCUCCAUUAGAGGGAAUUACAGAGAAGUGGUAGAAAAAGAUUUCCAUUUCCUUUCAUGUUCCCGUUACACCACUCAUCUCUGGAGAGAACUAAAAGCAAGAGGAGAGAGGCGAGGCGGGAGGAGACUUUGUCUUUUUUGAUUCCUUUCAUGUGUUAACCUGAGUAAUCUAAGCGGAGGAAGAGCGCCUUAAAGAACAAUGAUGUUACAGUUAACGGUCAGCUGGAGGAGGACGAAGGAGAACAGAUCCACUUUUUUGGAUGUCUCCUAAUUGGCCAAAAUAAAAAA